CCCCAUCCACACCGAAUCUAGUAUCAAUGACAAGACCACGAGCCUGCGACGCCUGCGCCCUCCGAAAAGUCCGCUGUACCGGCCAACAGCCCUGUCCGAACUGCACGAGGACGGGGUUCAAAUGCUCUUACGCGAAACAGCCAAGAAAGUCCGGGCCGAAAGGGCCGCGUCGGUCGACGAGGGCUCGGGUUCAUCAGCAAUUGGAGACUUUGAGCAAAGAAAUACCGGCCGUGCCUGUUUGUUUAAAUAUUGACAGCCAAGACCCAUCGACAUCCCCGCAAAUAGACUCAUUUCCUUCCUCGUCGCCGGAGUGGAAGCGCGCCUUUACGCUGAGCGAUGUCCUCGCUUAUCUCGAAACGUACAGAGCCCGGAUGUACCCAGUCUGGCCUGUCAUCGACGUCGCGAGACUCGGCGCUGAGCUAGAGGCCGAUGGAACCGACUACGAAACGUGUGCAUUGGCCUUUGCAGUCUGCGCGGGGACCGGCGCACAGCUCCAACUCAAGUCCAGCAACCAGCCCUCCAACGAUCUGGCCGACCACUUCGCCACCGAGUCUGAGCGACACAGGCUGAAAUACGAGUACCGCGAGAGCUCCACGAUCGAAGCGAUUCUGAUCCCAUUGUUCCUGCACUUCUACUACGGAGCGAGGGGGAAGCGGCUGACGGCGUCGUUCUUACUCCGUGAAGCGGUUUCUAUCUGCCAACUGCUGGGACUCGAUAAAGAGGAGACGUACCACGGAUUGGACAUGGAAGAGGAAAGCUAUCGCCGCCGAACAUUCUGGCUCCUGUACGUGACGGAACGCGGCCACGCAAUGCAGCACGGGACCCCCGUCUGCCUGACUAAAUCGAUUGCGCUUGCCCGGCAGGAAGCCUGCGGCAACCAGAAUAGCUCACAACUCCUCCAAGCCUUCCACAGCCUAACGCACCUCUUUGCAUCCGUCGACGGCGUGCUCGUCAACUCCGAGACGUCAAGUAACUACAGCAUGGAGAUCCUCGUCCGGAUCCAGCACGAGCUCCGACGAUACGAGCAAUGGCCCCUAGAGUGGAACGAGGUACAGCGCAGCGAUGUCUCCAUUACGCAGCAUUGGCUCCGCAUGCUCGUUUGGCAGCUGUCGCUGAGUAAUGUUAGUCUCUCAAGUGAGCCGGGCGGCGACGAUAGUAUGUCGUUUACGUAUCCGGCGCGGGUGUCGAGGGAUGCGCUGAGGGAUAUUUCGAGCGUUUCGUUUGAUGCGCUGGUUGCGCAUGGGCCGGGGAUGCAAGCGAAGUUGUGCGACAUUACGAAUACCUUGCUCGAUGUCAUGACUUGCGUCCAUUCGCUGACACCCGAGAUGUUCGUCCAAGCGCGCCACGUCCUUCAUGAAUUCUGCUGCUAUCUUGCGAGAUUGAAUGGGAACCGAGAAGGCUUAGACUGGGUUCGCAAGAGAUUGGUCGAGUCGAAUUUACUCCUCGAGCCCGUUACAGAGCUACCUGCAAUUGCAGAGUUGAUCGACGACGAAGAGGAUCUGAUGGAGGGUAACGGAGAAGUAUAUGAUAGUAACAAUAGCUAUGUUAUACGAUGAAACGGUCUUAGUUUGGAAGCCUGGCUGCUUCCUUGAGUACCACGAAAGCCUCAAAUGGCUUCACAGUAAUGACGUCUCCCCCAAAUCCAAUUGCUUUGCGUUCCUCGUAGUUGCCCACCAAGUACCUUCCGUCACUGAAGACCGAGGACACAUCAGCUGGAACGGCCCACUUCACCUCCUUCUCGGAAAAGUUGGUCACGACGACUGCCGUCUCGUCACCGAAUCCUCUGGUAUACACAAACAACUCCUCAUGAUCCUUGUCGACGAGCGUAAACGACCCGUAAACAAACACAUCGACCAACUCCUUGCGUAGCUUCAGUAUCCCCGCCCAGUACCUGAAGACGCUGCCGGGGUCAGACACCUGCGAGGACGCAUUCCACUGCUCAUAGUCAUCGUUAACCCCAAUCCACGGCUUCGCAGUCGCAGACGAGAACUCGGCGUACUUUCCCGGCCCCCACUGCAUCGGCAACCGCCCAUUAUCGCGCGACUUAAGACGCAGUUCCUUGAGCGUCUGCUGCUGGAGUUGGGCAUCACCGGGGAAAGCCGCCGUGAGCUCGUUCCAGAAAUUAAUCGCCUCGAGAUCCCUGUAGUCCUCAAUCGUCCAACUCUCGGGCAAAUUAACAACGCCAAUCUCCUGCCCCUGGUAGAUAAAGGGCGUCCCGCUCUGCAGCCCCAAGAACGUCGCAAGCAUUUUCCCCGAAAGUGCCCGGAACUGGGGCUUCUCAGACGCGAAGCGCGAGAUACUCCGCCCCUGGUCGUGGUUCUCGAGGUAUAACGCGUUCCACCCGUUAUUCUCAUACAUGAACGACUGCCACUUUGUCACGACGGAUUUCAACUCGGCCAGUUUGAACUGGCCCGGGGUGAAUUUUCCGCGCGGGCCGUGAUCCAGAUCCAUAAUCUCAAACUGGAACGCCAUCCCCAACUCCCCUCUCUCGAACCCCACGGCGUUGAGGAUCUCGACGGGGUCGUAGACAGACGGCAUCUCGCCGACGGAGAAUGCGUCGUACUCUUUCAAGAUCUUGCCUAGGUCCUGGAGGUAUUCGUGUAAUCUCGGCCCGCACGCGUAAUAUUUCGCACCGUCCGAAUAGGAUUUCGACGGAUCGGUUAUGGGGACGUCGAGGAAGCGCUGGUCUUUGCUAAUAAAGUUGAUUACGUCGAGGCGGAAUCCGCUUGCUCCUUUUUCAAGCCAGUAGCGCAUGAUUUUGUGGACGGCGGCGCGGACUUGGGGGUUCUCCCAGUUUAGAUCGGGUUGUUCGGGCGCGAAGAGGUGCAGGUAGUAU